CUCUUAGUACCACCCAACUUCAAACACGUACAUAAUAUUUUAUGAAACAUAUACAGAAAAGAAACCAAACUGGGGUAUGGAGGACUGUGAGGAUUACAAGAAUUACUGGGAGACCAACAUGUUCCUCCAAACCCAAGAGUUGGACAGCUGGCAAUUGGAUGAGGCCUUCUCCGGCGGCUACUACGAUUCAAGCUCUCCGGACGGCGGAGCUUCAUCGGCGGCAUCUAAUAAGAACAUUGUCUCCGAGAGAAAUAGGAGGAAGAAGCUCAAUGAAAGACUCUUUGCACUUAGGGCAGUGGUUCCCAACAUCACCAAGAUGGAUAAGGCAUCAAUCAUAAAGGAUGCAAUUGAUUACAUAGAGCACUUGCAUGAACAAGAGAAAAGGAUCCAAGAUGAGAUAAUGGAGCUUGAAUCUGAGAAGCUCAAGAAUCCAAUUAUUGCAGCAGCAGGAGACUACGAUUUUGAACAGGAUCUUCCCGUUCUUCUCAGAUCUAAGAAGAAGAGACCCGAUAACCUUCUCUUUGAUACCUCAGCUUCUUCUUCCUCAAGAAAUAACAUCAACUAUUUUCCUAUUGAACUCAUUGAUCUGAGGGUAACAUACAAGGGAGAGAAGAUAUUUGUGGUGAGCUUGACAUGCAGCAAAAGAACAGAUACAAUGGUGAAACUGUGUGAGGUCUUUGAAUCUUUAAAGCUCAAGAUCAUCACUGCUAAUAUUACUUCUUUCUCAGGCACACUCUCCGAGACGCUCUUUGUUGAGGCAGAUGAAGAAGAAAAAGAUCAUCUGCAGAUAAGGAUCCAAACAGCCAUUGCAGCUCUUAAUGAUCCCCAAAGCCCAAUGAGCAUCUGAUUUGAUGAUGAAUUAAUUAGAGGGUUAAUUAAGUUAUUAUAAUCAUUUCAGAUUAAUUGGAGUGGAAUAAAUACAAGCACUACCUAUAACGAGCUAUUUCAUACACAUUAAAGAUGACUAUCUGGAUAAAUAUUUUUAUAUAUGAAGACUAUAAUAAAAAAUGUUUAGAUAAAGGUCGCAAAAUUGUUAGUCAAUUGUUAGAUAAUAAUUUAAUUAAAUUUAUUAAAUUAUAUAACGAUUUUCGAUAUCAACUUCAUAUAAAGACAACUGCACGUAAGUUUUAUUAGUCAUUAUAUUCAUAUCUUAUCCCUUAUAUCUACAUCUUAGUUAUUAAUUUAUUAUAUUCACAGGAACAUACACAUCUUUGUAUUACUAUUUCUGUAUUUUAUCCUUUAUAUUAAUCUUCGUGAGUCAUGAGGUGUUGGGUGUACUUGAUGAACGAAGAAAUGUGGGGGUGAAUUGUGAAUUUUUAGGAUAUUUCCCACUAAUUGUUGUAUUUACUAUUUAGUGAAGAUAUGAAUAAUAUGUUUGCUGCUUUUGUUUGUGCUC